ACGUACAAAAUCUUAUGCCAGAGAGUAGCGAGGACACGUGGGAACUGACAGACCUAAAGUCGGAGGCACGUAAGCCGGGUUAGCUUCUGGAAGAGUCCAAAUCAAAGCUGACUCCAUUAUGACUUUCCUAGAUUUUCUAGUUUACAAGUUUUGUUUUGAAGAGGGUUCGGUACUGUUAUUCUGAAGUAGUUGCCGUGGAGACAGACCCGAUGGGGAGUAACAAGUUAUCAACCGGGGCAAAUGGAAGCCUGCAGGAUUGUAGUGGAGCCAGAAUCUCAGGCUGUUGGUCCCUGAGGACUCACUCCAGCGGGAGCGGCGAGGACUCGUUGGACCGGCUUUUGCCGCCCGCUAGCGCCCCUCGAAGGAAGAGUGCCACAUCGCUAAGUAAAACAGAGCCACCCUUGCUCCGCACGGGCACGCGCACCAUUUACACUGCUGGGCGACCUCCCUGGUACGACGAGCAUGGAGCGCAGUCCAAGGAGGCCUUCGUCAUAGGUUUGUGCGGGGGCAGCGCCUCAGGGAAGACCACUGUGGCCAACAAGAUCAUCGAAGCUCUGGAUGUGCCCUGGGUGGUACUUCUGUCCAUGGAUUCCUUCUAUAAGGAUUUGUCUCCUGAAGAGCAAGCCUUGGCGGCGAGUAAUGACUACAACUUUGAUCAUCCGGGGGCCUUUGACUUUGAGUUGCUGGUCUCCACUUUGUGCAAACUUAAGCAGGGCAAGAGUGUGAAGAUCCCCGUGUAUGACUUCACCACACACAGACGACAGAAAGACUGGAAGAAUGUAUAUGGUGCCAGUGUGAUCAUAUUUGAAGGAAUUAUGGCCUUUGCAGACAAACCUCUUCUCCAGCUCUUGGAUAUGAAAAUCUUUGUGGACACGGACUCAGACAUCCGGCUGGUCCGCCGUCUCCACAGGGACAUCACAGAGCGCAGGCGGGACAUGGAAGGCGUCAUCAAGCAGUACAACAAGUUUGUCAAACCGGCCUUUGAGCAGUACAUCGAGCCCACCAUGAGGUUGGCUGACAUUGUGGUGCCCAGAGGUGGUGGCAAUAUGGUGGCCAUCGAUCUGAUCGUCCAGCAUGUGCACAGCCAGCUGGAGGAGCGUGAGCUCAGCGUCAGAGCACUUUUGGCAUCCGCCCAGCAGACGCAUACGCUGCCACAGACGCUCAGUGUUUUGGAGUGCACGCCACAGGUCCGAGGCCUCCAUACCAUCAUCAGAAAUAAAGAAACCAGCCGAGAUGAGUUCAUCUUUUACUCAAAGAGAUUAAUGCGUCUUCUUAUAGAACAUGCGCUCACCUUUUUGCCGUCACAGCCUUGCAAGGUCCACACUCCGCAGGGAUACGAGUACCAAGGCCACAGAUACGGUGGCAAAGGGAUCACCGGCGUGUCCAUCCUGCGAGCGGGAGAGACCAUGGAGCCCGCCCUAAGGGCCGUGUGCAAGGACGUGCGCAUCGGCAAGAUUCUCAUCCAGACCAACCUGGACUCGGGCGAACCAGAGCUCCAUUACCUGCGCCUGCCCAAAGACAUCAGCGAAGACCACGUCAUCUUAAUGGACAGCACCGUUUCCACCGGGGCUGCUGCCAUGAUGGCCGUUCGAGUACUUCUGGACCACGAAGUGCAGGAGGAGAAGAUUCUGCUGGUUUCGCUGCUGAUGGCUGAGCUCGGCGUGCACUCGGUGGCCUACGCCUUCCCCAAGGUGAAAAUCAUUACCACAGCUGUGGACAAGAACGUGGACAACUCGUUGCACGUCAUUCCCGGCAUCGGGGACUUUGGGGACCGCUACUUCGGCACGGAUGUAUUUGACAAAUGCAGUGAUGAGGAGGACCGGGAACAGCGGCCAGACUGAUGAGCCAAACCCAACCACUUGUAAAGUUGACUUCAUGGUGUGUUUUCAAUCUGGUUAAAUAGUUUGAACUCUUUGUACAAUGUUGGUUUUAUGGUUUUUUUGUUUUUGUUUUAAACAACAAGUGAGUUUUGGUCCACUUGUCAACACCAUCAGGAAUCUUUUGACUCAGACUGUAGCAGUCCCAAGACUGUAUGCAAUAACACUGUUAAUAUUUAACAUGAUUUUGUUCAGGAGUUCAUUGUAGCAGCUUUUCAUUCUGAUUUUGGGUGUCACUCAAUUAAAAUGUGCAUAAAAUGAUCAUUUUAGUCGAAACAUUGUCAAGGGUAACACAGACAAACAAAAAAACUCAUGUGAAAUAGCACCAAAAUGUAGAAUAUAAAAAUAGAUACUUUUUACACUGUAAGAGCAAAUAUAUUUUCCACAACUAUAUUUAAGUUCUCUUAAGAAACGGUUAAUUC